CCAGAAGCCCCGCCUCUAAUUGGUACUUUAAAUGAUCCGGUUGCCCGCUUUUCUCUGUUUUCCGACGUAUCCGCUCAAGCCUUCCUCUUUCGCCGCACUAAGGACUACCCAAAGACACAAUCUAGUUUUAAAAGCACAACCGUGACAACCAGAAUGCUUACCUGGCUUUUUACAGGAAUGCCGCCCAAUCGAUCCGUCGGUCGCUUUAAGAGCGAUGGCCUGGCUGGGUCACUGCCCCUUUAAGAGCGUGUUGGAAGAAACCACGUGAGCAAAGUUGUGGAGGGAGCGGACCCUCCGGAGGACCGAUCCGGCCCGCAUUCCUCGCCAACAGAGAAUUGAUUCCCUCCCGUAGUGGAUUGUUGGGAAAUUAGUCAUUCCUCUGCCGUGUGACGUUCAAAAGUGGAGGUUGGCCCGGUUCUGCAAAUAGAGUGACGGGGCCGAGCCACGCCCCCACUCUCCCACGCGACUUGGACGCUUCCGCGUGUGGCUCCACCCCUGGGGUCCACGUGGUGAGCAAGCAGCGUUCCCGGCGGGCAGGUCCUGAGUGGGCUCCCCCGGAGGCGGGAUGGAGGGUACCCCGGCCUGCGGUGCCGCUCGGUUCUCCUGCCCUCCCCACUUUAAGGCGAUGUCUCCAGACUCGGAUCCCCCCUGUUUCACUUUGGAGGCGCUGACAGGUCCAGAUACAGAACUGUGGCUUAUCCGAGCCCCUGCAGACUUCGCCCCACAGUGCCUCAACGGGCGCCGUGUGCCUCUCUCCGGCUCCAAGACUGUUAAGGGCAAACUGGACCGCAAGAAGCAUCGAUACCGGGUCCUGACCAGCAGCCUCCAGGCCGGAGAAGCCACGUUGCUCGCGUCUUCAACGGAGGCAGGAGGCCGACUCACCUGUGCCCCGGCCCCCCAUGGGAGCUUAAGGAUCAUGGAGGGGCCUCAAGAAUAUCGUAUCUCUCGGGUCCCCCUGCAGCCGAUCCCCACAAGCCUCCCACCUCAGGUCCCUGCUGGCCUGCGGCCUCGGUUCUCUGCCUUUGGAGGCAGCCUUCCGGUCACUGGGCCUGGGGCAGCCUCUUCAGGAAAGAAGAAAAAGAGGAAGGGUCCAGAUGCCUCAGCCAGUCAGGAGGCGGUGGUGAACAGGCACGGUGCUGUGGAGGUGGGCACUGCAGGAAUGGAAGUGAGGAAGAAAAAGAAGCAGCAGGUGGCCGAGGUAGAGGUGGUGGGGGCCGAGAUGGCAGAGCCACCACUCCCGCCUGCCACCGGCAGCAAGAAGAGGAGGAAAGCCAAGGAGGCAGAGAUUCUCCAGCCAGAAGAGGGUCCAGGGCACACAGAACCUGUGGCUCAAACAGUAUCUCCUGAGGGGGCCACCUUGUCCCCCACCAAAAAGAGAAAGAGGCAAAAGGAGGCCGAGGUGGAUGGCACCGUGACUGCCUCUCUGCCACAGGCCACUGUGGAACCCGAAGAGGAAAGCGCCCUGCUGUCCCCCACAAAGAAGAGGAGGAAAGAAAAGAGGCAGAAUUUGAUGAUGGAGCCAGAGAUGGGGUUCCCGGGAGAGAUCAUGGAGCCUGAACUUUCAGAACAUGGAGUUCAGGCUGAGGUAGCUCCUGUGUCCCCCAAGAAGACGAAGAAGAAGAAAAAGGAAAAGCGUCUGGAAGAGGCACCUCUGGCUUUGGAGGCAGAGGUGACAGAGGCUGCCCUUCCGGCUAACUUUGAGCCCCAGGUGGCUCCAGCACCCAGCAAGAAGAAGAAGAAAAAGGAGAAAGGACAGAAGGCGACAGAGUCUGGAGUCUGAGGUGUCUCACCCAGGAGAGUCCGAGGAGCCUGAAGCCACGGCAGGUCAAGGAUCCACCAAGAAGAAGGAUGGGGAAAGUGGGGUGCAAGACACCUCCCCAUUGGGGGAUGUCUCCCACAGGACAGGAGAAGCAGCAGCAAAAGAGGACCCUUCAGCAGCAACCCUAAUAGUACUGUGGGGAAACUGAGGAACUAGCAGGCUGAGGUG